CGAAGACACGAUCAUGUCGUUUUAAGCGGCAUGGAGCGCACUCAUGAUGUCGUUUUUCUUUGGUCGUACUCAACCCUCCUUACUCCGAACGAUACUCGAAAAUAAACGAAACUCUUCCCAAACCAUAAAAAAUGCAGUGUUUAUCUGAAAGCAACGGUCUAAGAUUAGAAGCCUCAAUCUCAAAUCAUUUCGUUCUUCACGAGGCCGAAAAAUAAUAGUAAAAAAAGGGGGGGAAAAAAGAAGAAAAGAAAAAGCUCAGUGUCACGUACACCCAUCAUCAUCGAACCCAUUUUGCUUUUUCCUUCAAAUUUUAUUUUUUUUUUCCUGGGUCUUUGCUGGUUGCAGCAAUCAGAGCUGAAAUAAAAGCUUUAGAAUAAAAAAUACGGAGAAAGAAAUUCAAAAGGGUAUCCGAAAAAUGCCUUUUCGUCCGCAUUCCUUUUGAGCUCGUCAACAAUGGCAGAUGAUCUCUCUUCCUUUGCCAAGGAUGCUUUGCUUGUGAAGGGUUUGAAGAGUUCCACUUUGGUGUGGAGGCUUAUUGUUUUGACCCUUGCAAUGGUCUCUGGCGUGUAUAUAUGUUCAAUUUGUCUGAAGCAGAUAGGCACUAGCAGCAAGAUUGGUUUUUUAGACAUCAAGGUUGUUCAAAAGCCAUGCCCGGAACCUAACAUUGAACCUUGGGAGAUUCCUUUUGUGCAUUACCCUCACCCCAAAACUUACAGCAGGGCGGAAUGUGCUUGCCACCCUGUGCGCUAUUUCGCUAUUCUGUCAAUGCAGAGAUCCGGGAGUGGAUGGUUUGAGACGUUUUUAAACAGUCAUGCUAACAUAAGCUCAAAUGGGGAAAUCUUUUCGGUUAAGGUGAGAAGGAGUAACAUGUCAACAAUAACAGAGACUCUGGAUACAAUUUAUAAUCUAGACUGGUUAAGUAGUGCUUCAAAAAAUGAGUGCACCACUGCUGUUGGUUUGAAGUGGAUGCUUAAUCAGGGAUUGAUGCAGCAUCAUGAAGAAAUUGCUGAGUAUUUCAGAAUACACGGUGUUUCGCUCAUAUUUCUUUUCAGAAGGAAUCUUUUGCGCCGGAUGGUUUCUGUACUUGCAAAUGAAUAUGAUAGGAAUGCUAAGCUAUUAAACGGGACUCACAAAUCUCAUGUUCAUUCACCAAAGGAGGCAGAAAUACUUGCAAAAUACAAGCCCACAAUCAAUUCAACUUUGCUGAUUGCACAACUUAAACAAGUGAACGAAACCACCACCAAAGCUUUGGAAUAUUUCAAGAGCACCAGGCACAUUAUCCUGUACUAUGAAGACAUCGUCAAAAACCGCACUAAAUUAAGGGACGUUCAGGAUUUUCUAAAGGUUCCUCAAAUGGAUUUAAAGAGUCGUCAGGUGAAGAUACAUAAAGGGUCCUUAUCUAGCCAAGUUGAAAACUGGAAUGAUAUAAGCAAGGCACUAACAGGAACACCAUACGAGAGUUUCAUCCACGAAGAUUAUCGUAGGUAGACUGGUGGGUAUGUACAUACACCACGUUUUGCCUUUUUCCUUUCUUUCCCUUUUAACAUUCCUCUAAUCUUUGUUCACAAGUCACUACUGCAAGAGCCAACAGGGCAAUACAACCACCCUGUUGAAAUUUUGGCCAUGUCCCUCUCUCAUUUUUGUACUCAGUUCAUGUUAUUUUUUUUGUCUUCCCCAUCCAAUUGAUAUUUAAUUCAUUCUUUGUACUUGUGCAACUUCCAUGUUGUGUUGUAGUAACACUUUGUAUUGAUGCAUCAAGGGAAUUUGCAAUUUGAACUGCAAGAUAUUUUUUUUA